GAAUUUCCCUCCGAUUUCAGAAUCUCUGGUGAAUUUGGUACAGAUCGUGAGUGUUGCUGUCAUCGCGAUUUUGCAAGGAAGAAGAUGUCUGGGCGUGGAAAGGGAGGUAAAGGUUUGGGAAAGGGAGGAGCAAAACGACACCGUAAGGUAUUGCGCGACAACAUACAGGGAAUUACGAAGCCUGCAAUUCGGCGUUUGGCUCGUAGAGGUGGUGUGAAGCGUAUCAGUGGUCUCAUAUACGAAGAGACUCGCGGCGUUCUCAAGAUCUUUCUGGAGAACGUGAUUCGCGACGCCGUUACUUACACCGAGCACGCCAGAAGAAAGACCGUUACGGCAAUGGACGUUGUCUAUGCCCUCAAGAGACAGGGAAGAACGCUUUACGGAUUUGGGGGUUAGGGUUUUUCUUUUCGCUGUUAUGUUUCUUCUGACUUGUUUUUGUUUGGUUUUAGUGGUUAUCGAUUUUGUUUGUCGUUAUUAUAAAUUUUAGUUGUGAAUCGUGAUCCAUGAAUAGGUUUGGUUGUUUGUGAGAAAUGUAGCACUAGGAAAGUGUGUUUGUGAAUAACUACAAAGUAUACUUGGGAAUUUGGUGAUUUUAGCGAUCUGUGUCAGCCAAGGUCCUUUUUGACUCAACAUUCCACAACGUUGUUCAGUGAAUGGUUAACCAGUGCUUAAGUGUCUUGUUGAGAAGAUUGAGUUGACCUACACUAACCCCAUUUCAUUACAAAAAGCCUAUUAAUUUGGGUAGGUUAAGGUUUUCUUGUUUCAUUGUUUCCAUGAAUGAAUAAAUGAUGAAUAAGCACUUGCUAGAUGAAAACGA